AGUUUCCUAAAAGAAAAUUUGUUGGGAAAAUAAAAAGGGAGUACUGGAAAGCACCUACCACCGACUCCGACUCUCCGAGACAGAGAUUUCAAUUUGAAGAUAUACCUCUACAGACUCGGAUUUCCCGCGCAGAACAGUCUGUUUUUAAUAAAUUGAGUUUUGAAUCAAGUGCAACGGAUUAUCAUCCCCUUAGAAGUUUUGAGUGUGAAUAUGGACAAUGACAAUAGACAUGAGCUCAGCGGCUUGCUGAAAACGCUUCCUCCUAUAGAUUUCUGCUUCAUGUAUGGCUCUUCUCUUCAUCCGAAUAACAAUGACAAGUCAUCCAUGAUAGAUUACAUUCUUGGUGUAUCUGAUCCUCAACAGUGGCACUCUGAGAAUCUGCAACUAAACAGGGACCACUAUGCUUCAUGGCUGAUGCGCCUUGGUGGAGCCAGGCUGGUUACUGGUGUGGCAGAUGGCAUUGGUGUUGGGGUGCACUUCAACCCAUUUAUAACAUAUGGGGACAAGAUGUACAAAUAUGGGGUUGUUCGAGUGGAUGACUUGAUUCAGGAUAUUCUUGACUGGAAGACGUUUUACUUGAGUGGUCGCCUGCAGAAACCUGUCCGUGUGCUUGUUGAUAAUCUGGGCAUAGAACAUAAAAAUUCUGUUAACUUGAAGAGUGCCACUUCCGCUGCUCUCCUACUUUUGCCAUCUAAAUUUACUGAGGAAGAUCUGUAUACCAAGAUAUGUAGCCUGUCAUAUAUGGGUGAUUUGCGCAUGUUUUUUGCAGAGGAUAAAAAUAAGGUUAAGAAGAUUGUACAGGGGCAAUAUAAUUUAUUCCAGACAAUGUACAAGUCAUGUAUAGAAGACUAUGCAAGCAAAGAGCUAUUGAGAUUCUCUUCAUCUGGCAAUAACCAGGUGCAUAUAACCCAGGAUUGUGGUUUAUCUGCAACAUCUACUCUUGUUUCUUCACUUCCUGGGUUCAUCAGAAGCGAAAUGGGAAUAAAGCUAGGAGAAAAGAUGGGACCGGGUGAGACUGGUCAAAUUAUAUCCAAAGUUGUAACCGGAUCUAGACAAGAGGCUGCUGAAUGCAUGCAAAAAAUUUUGCGGAAAAAGGUUAUGGUUUCAAGUGGAAGGCAGGCUGUAGCUGGUCUACUUACAGUCGGAGCUGUUCACGGAGCUAGAUAUCUUGCAAACAAGGUUAAGAAGGCUUGGAGAUCUUGGUCAUAGCUCUCUUCCUUGCUAUUUCAUAACUAGGGCUCAUCAUAGAAAUGGUUCAGUUAAGUGGAUUAAUCGGUAUUUUAAAGAUCUGCUGCACCACAUAUUUUAGAGAUUUUAGAUACCAACGGCUCAAUUGCCAGUUUCUUAAUGGAAUUAGCGUUAUGUUUUGCUCAUAUUUGUACUAAUUUGGCACUCACUUAUCUUUUUCUUA